AUCGAGUGACGCGACUGAUCAUGGGACUGGUCUGACGUCAGAGACCCGAGAGGGAGGAGGGCGUGAGUUUACCUCUUUCAGCAACAAGGAAGAAGAAAGCUGGAAUUGCGGGGCGUUCGGGCGCUUUCCGACGUGUAACAGCAUUUGGUGAUGGCGCUGGUGAAAAGUGGGUGGCUGCUGCGGCAAAGUACUAUAUUACGCCGCUGGAAGAAGAAUUGGUUUGAUCUGUGGUCUCAUGGGCAUUUAUUAUUUUAUGAUGACCAACAGCGGCAUGAUCUAGAAGACAGAAUUCACAUGAAAGUUGAUUGCAUCAACGUCAGAGUGGGCAACGAAUGCCGAGGCCUCCAGUCUCCAGAGGGGAAACCUAGAGAUUGCUUGCUGCAGAUCAUUUGCCGUGAUGGGAAAGUGCUCAGCCUCUGUGCAGAAAGUGCUGAUGAUUGCUUGGCUUGGAAGAUUGCUCUCCAAGAUGCCAGAACAAAUGAGGCCUAUAUCGGUUCUGAAGUGAUGUAUGACGACAAUGCGAUUUCCUCAGCUCCUCCUCCAUAUACUGCUUAUGCUACUCCAUCAUCCGAGGUUUAUGGCUACCCACAAUACAGUGGUGCAUAUCCACCUCCAGGGACUCAGAUCAUCUAUUCUUCCAAUGGACAGACAUACACCAUCCCUUACCAAUAUCCAAACCAAGGUCCCUAUUUUCCUCCUGCAAAUCAUGUCAUCAUCCGAGAACGUUACCGGGAUAAUGAUGGAGAUCUGGCCCUGGGCAUGCUUGCCGGAGCAGCCACAGGAAUGGCCCUGGGCUCCCUGUUCUGGGUCUUCUAGGUUUCUUCUGGAGCAACAAGAUGAUGGAGAUCCAAAAUCUUUUGUGUGCAAUAAUACAUACAUUUGCAAAAUACUCCAGUUCAAUCUACAGAUUUUUAAUAAGUUCUAGUAAUACUUUUGCUAGUGACAUUCUGGAUUUGUAGUUAACAAAAUUCUUAACUAUCCCAAAGGUGCACUUUAGCUGAAAAGCAGUUAGCAUAAUAGCUUAUGGUCAGGUGAAUUUGUCAUAUUCUGCAUUGAUAAGGAAGUAGUUAUAAUAUCAAUGAAGUGUUGCUAAUGAAGGUUAAAUGGCUACAGUUGACUUAUUUUAACAGUCAACCAUCUUGUUAAAAUUACUUCAGCUGCUGCCUCAGAAUGCUAACCGCAACACAGGGUAGCAUAGAAGUAGUUACUUCUGAAUCUGAGAUGUUUGAACCUGUUCUUUUCUUAACACUCUGUGAAGGCAACAUUGGCGGUUUAGUGGAAACUCCAGGAAGGUUUUAAUUCAGGGAGGUCUUGCAUUUCAAUGACUGCUUGGCUUGGCAAGGUAUGCAUAUGUAUCAUCACAGCAUUAUUGUACAGGUCCGUCCUAAAGGGUAAGCAGUAGUGGGUCAGGAAGUUUUGUUUGUCCCCAAAGCAUCAUCAUCCUUACUGGGAAGUUAGAAGGGGGGUUGAUUACCAUACAAUCUGUUUCAUUGUCCUUGGCAGUGCAACUCCAUUUAACUGCUGGAGUAACAGAGUCUGGCUGUGAAAACCCUACCCAGUGCUAUCAUAUUUGGUACAAAUGUUCGUGACUUACUUUCUUUUUAAAAAAAACUGGUUUAGGUAUAUAGAAACUCUUGAAACAGAGAAUUGGGGGCUAGGUCAGAGUGCAUACAUCUGCAUAUGCACUGCAUACAUCUUAUCUUUGACUAAAUAUUUCUAUACACUUUCCAGGCAUGCUACAGAGAGAUCUAUUCUGAGCUGUUAAGGUUGUUCUAUUGGCAAGGUUCACUCUUUUGUUACUUGUUAUUCCUUGAGCACCUUCAUUUUCUGCUUCUGAUGCUUGUACAGAAUCCUAUAAGAAAGAAGCACAUACAUACACCAAGAGAUCUCUUUUCCAGUGGUACAGGGUGUUCAAGCAUUAGUCUUAAUCAAAAAAAUAGAUAGUUUAUGUACAGUGCUCAUGCGUCCUGUUGAAAUCUGAGACAUGCCGACAACUCUUCAGUGUGUCUUUGGUCUGUGCGAAAUGGCUAACAGCAGCAGAUGGGAAAGAUCUCGUUCUUGCCCCUUGAUGUAAUGGCAAGUGCUAACACAACACAGGUUCCUUUUGGAAUGAAAUAUAUUACUAUGGGGAAGGUAAAGCCGGGUGAUGACACUGGACAUCUUAAUACUGGUUUCUGCAGGCCAUGUAUUAAGUCUAUGCCACGGAUUGUCUUGUGGUGGUCUGCUGCAGCAAUUGAAACUUGAGAAGGAGACCAUGGUUGUGUCCAGCAUCCUCUGAAUUUGAAAAUGUGGGGUUUAUUCAGAUAGUCUCCCCAGGUGAGACCCUUGCUGAUGGGGUCCCUUCGUAAAGACAAUCUAGAGCAUUUGAAAUGGUAGUACUGUGACCUGAAGAACAUGUGACUUGAAGAUAUUUAAGUGUUCCAUAGUUCUGGAUCCCUAAUUUAAUUUCCCUGUAAGCAUGUUGGAAGCCUUUAUGUUAUUGACCAAGUGAUCAUUUAAUAAAAAUCCGUACUAUUUCUGCUCUUUUUUUGUAAUUUGUCUAGUACAAUUUUAAGAAUCCAUCUCUUUCUGCUACUGUGUGUACUCUACAGAAUUCCCUGAAAUUCCUACUUUCUAUGUAUUUGUACUUUGUGAGGAAAGAAUGAAAUAAAUUUAGUCCCGGAA